AUGGACUUUUCACCCAGCAAGGCGAUGCCGCGCUCCCUCAUCGAGUCGACAGAGAUGCAGUCGGGCCAUGUUCGGAAGCCCACCCCAACGCUUCUUCCGGCCUUCGGCGAAGACGGGCCAUUCUCUUCAUCGCCCUUUCCACGCCCAACGUCCUCGAAACGCAAGUUCGAAGAGGACUCGCCCACCUUUCCCAAGCAACUGAAGUACUACCCGACCCCCCAGCCCACGUCGUCGACCAACAUUCUCUCCUCGUCGCCCCGCCAUGCCCGGCCGGGCUUCGAGCGAACCUUCUCUGCUCUGUCGGAGAGGACCCCACUCGGUGCUGUGCCCACCGUCGACCUCCCCGCAGAUGGCGAGGUCGUGAGAAUGGGCCGCAGCUCCAACACUUCGGACUACCAACUCUCCACCAACCGCCUCAUUUCACGCGUCCACGUCCAAGCUGCCUACCACGCGCCAAGCCCGCCAUACCCGCACGGCUACAUUGAGGUUGAAUGUCUGGGAUGGAACGGUGCGAAGAUCCACUGCAAGGGACGCAUCUUCGAGCUGAGCAAGGGAGACACCUACAUGUCAGAGAACCCCGAGACGGCCAUCAUGCUGGAUGUACAGGAUACCCGCGUCAUGAUUGCCUGGCCGACCAUCCCUGUGUCCAAGUUCUCCUGGGAGUCUGAGGAAGAAGGCAUGCCUACCCCGACCCGUACGCGUACCCAGGAGAACUUGGCUUCUAGUCCUCCUGUCGUUCCACGCUCGCCUGUCUCUCAAAGCCCUAUCCGCCCUCCUGUCUUCGCGGGUCUCAGCUCAAAUGCCCAGUCCGGUCCUGUUCAAGUGUUCGAAGAUGCCGACGCAAGUGUAGACAGCCCUGGCGUCAAGACCCCAGGUUCUGCAGACCAGACCUUUAUCCGCCCCUCUCUCCCAAGCUCCAGGUCUAGUCACGAAGUUCGUCCUGUCAUCGACCCUAAGGAGAGUAUCAACUUCGCUGCCGACGACUUCUCCGACAACGACGAAGAGAACGACCCUGUUGUACACUCAUUCGGACCCUUCGGUCAGAACUUGCUCAACGGCAUGGCUUCUUUCAACACAGCUACGCCAACACAGUCCAACGCCCCCCGUAUGCGCGGACCACUACUAUCACCGUCUCCCAGACGUCGAGUUACCGAGCCUAUCCGGUUCAAAGAGUCGCCCAUCAAGAACCAUGUCAUCAACCAGUUGGCGUUCUCUCGUAUCCACUCGCAGCCACUCUCCGCCAUUCACAGCAACCUUCCCGCCGAAUUGAAGGCUUGUGCGAUUAAGAGCACAGAUGGCAAGGAUGAAGAGGGCAACGGCGCAUCCACACCCCUUCCUCAGCUCUCUAGACAAGAGCUCAAGAGGAUUCUAGACGACACUCCAUGUGUUGGCGAGAUCCCCCGUGCCGGCAAGGAUGCCGCUGGCCAGCCGCUUGAGAACGAGUUCUACUACGUCCCCGAGAUGGACACCAACCAGAUGAGGCGUGAAACCAUCACCGCCGGUACACGCAGCACUGGACUACGGUCUGUAAGGAAGACACACAAGCAAUAUUACUGGAAGAAGCCUCGUGUCUAA